AUGUCCAAUCUAGCCUUUCUUUCACUAAUUUUCACCAUUUUCAUCUACACUUAUAACGCCAUUUCUCUAUGUAACGGCCCUUGUAAAACUUGGGACGAUUGCGAUGGUCAAUUAAUUUGCAUAAACGGAAAAUGUAAUGAUGAUCCCAACGGUGGAACCAAAAUUUGCCAAAGUAGCCCUCCUUCCGUCCCUUCUCCAACUCCAACCAAUACAUGUCGUCCGUCUAGCACUGUUAAUUGCAACGGUGUACACCCAAUAUACCGUUGCUCGCCACAUGUCACCUCAUCAAUGCCCGCUCAAGUUACCUUCAACGACUUCAGUAAAGGUGGAGACUUUGCGAGAUGUUACAGGGACGGGGGUGGUCCAUCAUCAUGUGAUGGGAAAUAUCAUAACAAUAAUGAAAGAAUAGUAGCAUUGUCGAUUGGAUGGUUCCCGGGACGUUCGAGGUGUGGUAAAAUGAUAUUAAUUCGCUCUAAUAAUGAAAAGACCGUAACGGCUAAAGUGGUGGAUGAAUGUGAUUCUACUAUGGGUUGUGAUGCAGAACAUGCUUUUCAAAGUCCAUGCAAAAAUAACAUAGUGGAUGGUUCUAUUACUGUGUGGAGAGCUUUAGGGUUGGAUACAAAUUUGGGUAUUGUCCCUGUCACUUGGUCCAUGGUUUAG